AUGGUCGCGCUCAAUCCGGUGACCCUGGGAAUUUAUCUCCAGCUUUUCUUCCGCUUCAUCGUGUCUCAGCGGACAGUCAUCAACAGCGUGGUCCCCAUCCCAGCAGCCCUGCCCGGCCUGGAGCAGAGGAAGCGGGGUGCCCACCGAGCCUGCUGCCGGCUGAUGCCGCCGCCGCCCCCACUCUUCCUGCCUCCCUCCUUCAGAGGCCGCAGCCAGCUUCUGUCUCCAGAUGUGAAGAAUCUUAUCCUGGAACUCGAGACCACGCCGCCCCCAUGUGAGCAAGGACCCCUCGGCUCGCCAGGGCCCCCGGGCCCCCAGGGUCCACCGGGCCUUCCUGGCAAGACAGGACCAAAGGGAGAAAAGGGGGAGAUUGGCCGGCCAGGACGGAAGGGCAGACCUGGUGCCCCAGGUGUUCCAGGCAUGCCGGGGCCUGUCGGCUGGCCAGGCCCUGAAGGACCCAGGGGUGAAAAAGGUGACCUGGGUGUGAUGGGCUUGCCGGGGUCCAGAGGUCCAGUGGGCUCCAAGGGCUACCCUGGAUCCAGAGGAGAGAAGGGAUCCAAAGGUGAAAGGGGCGACUUGGGUCCCAAAGGAGAAAAGGGCUUCCCAGGAUUUCCUGGAAUGCUGGGACAGAAAGGUGAAAUGGGUCCGAAGGGUGAGCCUGGGACAGCAGGACACCGAGGCCCCACGGGAAGACCAGGAAAACGAGGCAAGCAGGGCCAGAAAGGAGAGAGUGGAGUUAUGGGCCCGCCAGGCAAGCCUGGACCUUCUGGACAGCCUGGCCUUCCAGGUCCCCCAGGACCUCUGGGCCCCCCAGCUGCAGGACAACUUAUAAUGGGACCAAAAGGAGAACGAGGACUCCCUGGGCCUCCAGGACGAUGCCAGUGUGGACCUCCCACGAACGUGAAUAAUAACCCUUCCUACGGGGAGUCCAUAUUUGGGUCCCCACGCGUUCCUGUGAUCUUUGUGGUCAACGACCAGAAGGAGCUGGAGAGGCUGAACACCCAGAACGCCAUCGCCUUCCGCAGAGACCAGCGGGCACUCUACUUUAAGGACAGCCUUGGCUGGCUCCCCAUCCAGUUGACGCCUUUCUACCCCAUGGACUACGCUGUAGACAGUCAUGGCACCUGCGGGGAUGGGGUCCUGCAGCCUGGGGAGCAGUGUGAUGAUGGGAACAAUGACACAGGCGAUGACUGCAUCAGCUGUCACCGGGCCUACUGCGGAGAUGGCUUCCGGCACGUGGGCGUGGAGGACUGCGAUGGUGUUGACUUCGGCUACCUGACCUGUGAGACCUACCUCCCUGGGUCAUAUGGGGAUCUGCGAUGCACCCCUUACUGCUCCAUCGACUCCACGCCCUGCCGCUACUUCACGUGA